AUGGGGUACAAGUUCAGUGCCCCCUUUUUCAUUGCUCCGGCUGCUCGUGCCGGAUACGGAGACCCUGAUCGGGGUGAGUUCAAUUUGAUGGAAGCUGCCGCGAGCGAGAUCAUCCUGUAUAAUCCCGCACUCUACGCGAUGAAGACGAUAAAAGAACUUGCUACAGUCAAGAGCAAUUCGACGUUCAACGGCCCUCAGGUGGUCUUUCAACAGAUGUACAGCAACGCCAACCUCUCCGCGACAUGGGACCUGAUGAAGCGCGCCGAGGCGGCCAGCGCCAAAGCAAUCCUCUGGACCAUCGAUGCUCCCAGCGACGCAACCCGUCGGACAGGCGGAGUCGUAUCGCGAAAGCCGAGGGAAUUACCCCUUGCAUUAUGUUAG